UUUUGCGGGUGUGCAAAUAAUGUUGAUUAAACAGAUAGAUAGUAACGUUUAUAAUAAAAAAACAUAUAAAUACGUUUCUUUUACAAAAAUUCUGGAAUCGACUUGAGUUACCUCCAGCCGAUGAAAUUGCGUGAUCCCUACUAGAAUUACGUACGUUCGGCAAUAGAGUUUUCACUUAUCCGUGCCGUCCGUGAUGGAAUCAUCACGAUUCGCUCUCGAUCGAGAUGAUGAAAUGCAACUCACCUUAUCAUCUCCGAUUUACAUAUAUACAUAAUGAGUGUAUCUAUUUUUACAGAAGAGAAAAAAGAGCCAACAAACAGCCGUGGAUGGUUGAAGAGACCGCGAUACGAAUUACGUGAGAUGCGUAGAAGAUGCGGUCGCGAUAUAUGUAUAAUUAUUGUCGACACGUCUUCCUCGUAAACGCGGAUCGCGCGUAUAUAAGCAAAUAAUGACUCGCAAUUACGAUUACUCGAUAUAAGCUGAUAACGACACAUACGAGUGCGGUGCGUUUUUCCCCGUUUAUCGUUUUAAUUAGCGCACACGCGCCCGCGAGCGAGAGUGUAACGAACGCGGCCUCCCCCGUCGAGGAGCCGCCUCGGUGGCGAGCAAUCGCGACUCAUCAACAGGUCGACCCGAGCGACCCGGGGAGUUGUUGGCCGCGCGGUUAAACGGAUUAAUUCAUUUGUGCCACCCGCGCCGCCGCGCGACAAAGCGAGAGAGAGAGAGAGGCCCCGCGCGAGCAAUCAAGUAUGCGCUCAUUGAAUUAGUCCGGGAACCGAGAGAACACGCCGUUGCAUCGCGCUAAUUGCCAUCGAGCCAGGGCACAACGCUCUUCCACGGAGAGAGAGAGAGAGAGAGGGAGAGUCGCAAGUAGUAACACACGCAACGUGUUGAAAGAAUAACAAUAUUGCUUGGGCGCAGAUUAGACUUGGGCGCAAUUGACGUUGAAGAUGCAGUGGCUAGCGCUGAUAAUUUGCCUCUACGCCGGAGUGGCGAGCGCGCGCACCGAGGAGGACCAGCAGACGUCGAGCGGCGCGGGCGGAGUCGCGAACUCCCUACCGGAGCGGUGCUUCUACAGACACCCGACGGACUGUCCGACCGCGGACUCGAGCAGAUGCCCCUGCAAGAGGAUCGCCGAGGGCAACGCCGCACUCUGCUGUAAUACAGAUCGACAGGGUCUGGAGAACGGUCUCUCUUGCAUAGGAUUUCAACAUUCGAACAUAAGCCACAUGCACAUACGUAACGCGACGCUGGAUGUAUUUAACGCAAGCGAAGUUCGCUGGAGGAUGCUGGAAUCUCUGGCGAUAACCGACGGCAAGAUUGAUCGGCUGCGGGGGCAGUUUCUCAUAAUGACGCCCGUGCAAUGUCUGAAUCUCUCGAAUAAUGAGCUGCGCGAGGUAGAGAACAAUUCGCUGACGCGUUUGCGGAUGCUCACCACGUUGGAUCUGUCUUAUAAUAAACUCACUUACCUUCCAGCUUUAAAUACGAGGAACAACCGAGAAUUCUGGUUGGACAUCUCGGGAACAAAUAAACUUUCGUGCCACGACGUGUAUCAUUAUGUCAAUAAAACGGGCGACAGGCAAAUUACAUUUAAUCGCGAGAACGAGACGGUGUGCUUCUCCAAUGCGACGUGGACUUGGUUCAACACCACUGAACAGGUGCCUCUCUCGCAGGUUCUUUAUCUCAGUCAGCUGCAAACAGAAUGUCCAAAGGGCGACACCUGGCAAUGCCAGUGCGAUAUCAAGAGACUAGACAUCAUCGAGGGCAAGCCACCCACACACGCUAUGAAUGUAGAUUGCAGCGGAAUGCAGCUGACGGAAUUACCCGAGAAAUUGCCGCAAAACACUAUAGCCCUCAACGUCUCCUUUAAUAAUAUCACAGUUCUAGAUGAUCUCAGUACUAACCCGUGUUACGAGGAUCUACGAGAGUUUUAUGCGGAUUACAAUAAUAUCUCCUCGAUAAACAAGCUGGAGGGUUCUAAGUUUCUGGAUAAUUAUGCCAUCUUGAGUUUACGAUACAAUAAAAUUAAAUCACUGCCGACGUACAUAUUGAGUCCAAGCGCACACAAUAAGAACUACAUGAGUUCGAGAAACCUGGUGAGGCUAGGAGGCAACAAGUUGCAAUGUGAUUGUAAUACUGCCAAACAUCUAAAGGCGUGGUUACAAACGCGGAUAUUGGACUCCGACGAAGUAAUGUGCGAAAAUGUGAAGGAAAAAGUUUUAGAUUUAGAACCGUCGAAGAUGUGCGUGUAUCCGGGAGACUGGACGGACUAUAUAUAUUAUAUUAUCGCCACCGAGGUGAUACUUUUAAUAGGUUUGAUAGCCAAAGUGUCUUACGACUACUGGGUGUUCAAGACGGCAGGAUAUCUUCCGUGGCCGGCGAAUAAAAUGCCAAAGUUGCCAUGCGACUGGCUGUUCGAAACGUAGGUCGCGCAUGAUAAGAAGUAUUCCCAGCGUACAAUGAAACGAUAUGCAAUAUGAUAGUCAUAUUGCAGUGCCUUAGGAUGUAAAAACGUGCCUUCAUAAUGCGUCAGGAUAUUCUGUUUCGAUAACUACGGACGUUAAUGUUUUAAUCUAGCUCUUCCAGAAUUUUUCAAAGUAAUCUCCGUCGUAUAUGUCCAUGACAAAUAUUUUGUAAAAGUUAUAUAUUACUGUUCAGAGAGCAUGUGUAUGGUUGUCGAGAAACGUAAUUUUAUAAACAAUUAUAGAUUUAUAUAUAUAAUUUUAUAUGUAAGUGUGUUAUUACAAGUAAAUUAUUUACAAAGUUUCAGUCGAUAGCCAAGUCUUUUAUACUACAAAUAGAUCUUUUGUGUGUAUCCUUUUAAAUACAAAAUCUUUCACAGAAA